AUGCUUUUCCCUGUGCCUCUAGUGUUUUUGCUCUCCCUUGCCAGCUGUCUUUCGCUUAGCCCAUUCGCUUUCCCAGGCCAGGACACCAAGCCCGUUCCGGGCGACUCUCCCCUUCUUCUGUGCGACUCGUCGUCCCCUCAACUCCUCAAGCUGACUCAUGUGGAUGUAUCGCCUAACCCUCCAGAACGCGGAACCAACCUGACUAUCGUUGCCAGAGGGGACCUUUCGAAGCAGGUUGACGAGGGCGCCUAUGUUGAGGUGGAUGUCACUUACGGAUACAUUAAAUUAUUGCACCAGACUUACGAUCUUUGCGAGGAGUUGCCUAAUGUCGAUAUGGAGUGUCCUCUCAAGAAGGACAGCUACGAUCUGACCAAGAUUGUCGAGAUCCCCAACGAGGUUCCGCCAGGAACAUACACAGUGAUUGCAAGGGCAUUCACCGCCGAUGACGAGCUGAUUACUUGCUUGACCGGCAGUGUUGCGUUCCCCCCAUACGGCUCGAAAAACUUGCUAAGAUUCCUGCUGCAAAAUUAG